CGUGGCGUUUUCUCUCCUGCUCGCGACCGCAUUGCUGCAAAGUUUACAGUUGGCACGUUUGAAUGCGAGCUGCGGACUUUAGAAGUUUCCCCACCGUACGGGGGCCCGAGGCGGUGUUUGUGGCGCUCGUUCGUUCGUCUUCAUGCUAACGCGACCCGGCGUUCGUGUUGUGGAGACGGGGAAGAGCCAGAGACCGCGGCGGCUUCGGCGCUAAAGCGGCGGUUCGCUGGCCGACGCGCGCCCUCUUGGACUUUAGUUUCCACACGGAGCGGCACGUCUUUUUUUAAACAAAGUCCCGUUUUUUUCUCCCCAAAACACGCGUGUCUCCACGGUGGAAGUCCGAACCACCCAGCGUGUGGAUUUCAGUUUUGAAACCCCUGUGAAGGACUCUUUUUUUUUUUCUUCUUUUUUUUUUUCUUUUGUUUUGUUUUCCUCCUUUCUCGUGGUGCGGGGGGGAACUUAGCCGAACACACACCGGGUUGGAAGCAAUAUGCCCAUUAGGCAUUUCGGGGGUCACAGGUCACUCGUCUCUCGCUCUCAGCCCCUGAAGUUUUCCUACGGUUCCGAGAAAAUGAACGCCUCCAAAGGUGGCUACCGGGUCUUCUCCGCCAACUCCUCCGCCGCCUGCACCGAGCUGGCCAAGAAGAUUACGGAGCGCCUGGGUGUGGAGUUGGGCAAGUCGUUGGUUUAUCAAGAGCCAAAUCGAGAGACUCGAGUGGACGUGAGAGAGUCCGUCCGUGGACAAGACAUCUUCAUCAUUCAGACCAUUCCCAAAGAUGUCAACACGGCCAUCAUGGAGCUCCUCGUUAUGGCCUACGCCCUGAAGACGUCCUGCGCCAACAACAUCAUCGGGGUCAUUCCCUACUUUCCCUACAGCAAGCAGUGCAAGAUGAGAAAGAGAGGAUCUGUUGUCUGCAAGCUGCUGGCAUCCAUGUUGGCCAAAGCCGGGCUAACCCACAUCAUCACCAUGGACCUCCACCAGAAAGAAAUCCAGGGCUUCUUCAGCUUCCCUGUAGACAACCUCCGAGCUUCCCCUUUCCUCAUCCAGUACAUCCAGGAAGAGGUCGCGGACUACAGGAAUGCAGUAAUUGUUGCAAAGUCCCCUUCAGCUGCCAAGAGAGCCCAGUCCUACGCCGAGAGGCUGCGCCUCGGGCUGGCAGUGAUGCACGGGGAGGCCCAUCAUUCGGAGCUGGACAUGGUUGAUGGACGAAACUCGCCCCCGUUCUCCCCCCCCUCCAACCGCACCACCACAGGACACACCGGCCUGGAGCUGCCAUGCAACAGACAUCUAACCCCAUUUCCUGGAAUAGAGCUCCCAAUAAUGAUGGCAAAGGAGAAGCCACCAAUCACUGUCGUUGGAGAUGUGGGAGGCAGAAUCGCCAUCAUUGUUGAUGACAUCAUAGAUGAUUUGGAGGACUUUGUUGCAGCAGCAGAAAUCCUGAAGGAGAGAGGAGCCUACAAGAUCUACAUCAUGGCUACACACGGCCUGCUGUCCGGAGAUGCUCCAAGAUUAAUAGAAGAGUCUGCUAUCGACGAGGUGGUGGUGACCAACACCGUUCCUCAUGAGGGGCAGAAGCUUCAGUGUCCAAAAAUCAAAACCGUGGAUGUCAGCAUGGUCCUCGCUGAGGCCAUCCGGCGGACCCACAACGGGGAGUCCAUGGCCUACCUGUUCCGCAACAUCGCUGUCGACGACUGAGGCAACGCACACUCUCCCCUCCCCCUUCUCGCACACCGAAUGCUGAACCCGUCGGUCCCGUUUGUUUUGCUGAUAAACAUGAUUGGCUAUAUUCACUGCAUGUAACAUAUGAAGCGACUCGAACUGCUUUAUUCCUCAUGUUGCAAAGUGGGACCGCACAGACCAUACAAACUGUUUCACUUCACUAAUACUGUACCUGCUUCCUACCGGCUAAAAACACCCGUGAUACAAUGUAUCCUGUGCAGCCUCUCGGCACGCUGCAGAAUUUGGCAAAUAAAAAGAUUCAUCUGGAGUCAA